AUGCCUUCUACAGCAUGGAAGAUAGAAUCUUCUGAAGAGAAACUCUCUCGGAUCAUCAACCUUCCAGACGAUCAAGAGAUUGUGGCAUCACUCUGUGGAAUGUCCCUAGGUCAUUUUCAAAAGACUCAACUCUCAAGAUGUCCUUUUUUCCAACGUACCACUGUGUGUGCUGGUUUUGAAAUAGUGGUGAAUGAGGAAUUGGAUCAUAAUGAUGUCGAAUGGAACGACUGUGAUGCCAGUCUGGGCAAGCAACGGAAGAACCAACGACUGCCUUGUCCUGAUUCAAGAACAGCCAUUGAAGAAACAUAUUACUGGGAUACUUCACCGCAACCUUGCUGCCUUGUGGCACCUCAAAUCCCAAGAGAAGUGGACAAAAAGCUAGAAGGGGUUGAAGCAUUUUGGCAACAAGGUGUGCUCCACGGUGUUUACGAUUCACAGGCUUCUUGUAGUUCAAUGGAAUCAGCUUCUUGUCAACAAUAA